GUUGGCGCGAGCGGAUCGUUUUGACUUGAAUCGUGUUGAGUUUUUUCGUAUUUGUAUUUAGUUUUCGUGGCCUAACAAUUAUCUAAAUCGUUUAAAAAUGUGGUUUAUUUUGUAUGCGUUUCUGGCAUUGCCAUUGCUUAUAUUUGCGUAUUUUGAGCUGAGUGUUGCUAAAAAGAAGCGCACGUUGAGCAAAAUAAAGGGCCCUCCCACAGUGCCGCUUCUUGGCAAUGCCCACCAAGUGGGCAAAAAUCCGGCGGAAAUUCUAAACACCUUCUUCGAAUGGUGGCACAAAUAUGAUAAGGAUAACUUUCGCAUAUGGAUAGGCUAUUAUGCCAACAUUUUGGUGACUAAUCCCAAACAUUUGGAGGUCAUAAUGAACAGCAACACGUUAAUCAAAAAAUCGGAUAUUUAUGAUAUGUUGCAUCCUUGGCUGGGCGAAGGUCUGCUCACAAGCUCCGGCAGCAAAUGGCAUAAGCACCGCAAGAUGAUAACGCCCGCCUUCCACUUUAAUAUCCUCCAAGAUUUUCACCUAGUCAUGAAUGAGAACUCAACCAAAUUCAUCAAGCGACUCAAAAAAGUUUCGGCUGGUGACAGUAUCAUAGAUUUCCAAAAUGAAACACAUUAUUUAACGUUGGACGUCAUCUGCGACACAGCGAUGGGUGUUCCUAUUAAUGCCAUAGAACAACGUGACACAGUAGAGGUUGUAAAGGCUUUCAAAGAUAUGUGUUACAACUUGAACAUGCGGGCAUUCCACCCCUUCAAGCGUUCAGAGCUGCUUUAUCGCCUAGCUCCAGAUUAUCCCGCCAAUGCGAAGACCCUGAAAAUUUUACAAGACUUCACCAAUGAUAUAAUCGAGAAGCGUAUUGAGGCUCAUCGCACGGGUAUCGCCAAGAAGACGGAAGACAACGAAUUCUCCCGUAAGAAGAUGGCUUUUCUGGAUACCCUUCUUUCGUCUACCAUUGAUGGACGUCCUUUGAAUCAGCAGGAGAUAUACGACGAGGUCUCCACAUUUAUGUUCGAGGGACACGACACGACGACGUCGGGCGUGGCAUUUGCUGGCUACUUACUAUCCAGGUUUCCGGAGGAACAGCGUAAGCUUUUUGAGGAACAGCGAGCUGUCAUGGGCAAUGAGAUGCAUCGGGAUGCCACAUUCCAGGAAAUAGCAGAGAUGAAAUACUUGGACUUGUUCAUUAAGGAGGCGCAGAGAGUCUAUCCCAGUGUUCCCUUCAUCGGUCGAUACACUGAGAAAGAUUAUGUGAUACACGGCACCACAAUGCCUAAAGGCACUACUCUAAAUCUAGCACUUAUUAUUCUGGGCUAUGACGAUCGCACUUUUAAGGAACCACAUCGGUUCUAUCCGGAACGAUUCGAGGUGGAUAAACCUGGACCCUUCGAGUAUUUGCCCUUUAGCGCAGGUCCACGUAACUGCAUUGGACAAAAGUUUGCACUGUUGGAGAUCAAGACUGUGGUAUCGAAGCUUGUGCGCACCUUCGAAAUAUUGCCAGCAGUGGAUGAGCUUGUUUCCAAGGAUGGCUAUCUUAACACUUAUGUGGGUCUGCCCAAGGCGGAAAAAGAAAAGAAGGAGAGCCAAGGUCACAAAUACGAUCCCAUCUUGUCGGCUGUAUUGACCUUAAAAUCAGAGAAUGGUCUUCAUCUCCGCUUGCGUGAAAGAAAAUAGUCUCGCAGGCUUUGUUAUAUGUUAUAUCAUAAUACGAUUUAUUAUCAUUUAAUGUUGUGAAA